UGGUUCUAAUAUCUUCUAAUAUUGAUAAAUAGUAAUAUCUAGUAUAAUAUAUUAUUAUAAACAUAUACUAUUAUAAUAUAUUUAUAAAGAUUAUAAAAAAAGAAAAAUUUCAAAUCAUUAAAGAAAUAAAUGUUAUAAGAACUUUUUAAAUUCUAAAAUAUAAAAAAAGAUAUUUCUAUGAUAAAGAUAUGCAACAAUUAACAAUGCAUGAAGCAAUCAAACCAUUAGCUUGGUUGAAAGGUAUAUGGAGAACUAGAGAGAAUUGUCCUGGAACUGGUAAAUUUCCAACAAUUACACCUUUUAAAUAUCAUGAAGAAAUUAAUUGGUCUUCUAUUGGUCAACCAAUGUUAAAUUAUGCUGCAAAAAGUUGGGAUGUUGAAACAAAAAAACCAUUACAUUAUGAAAUGGGUUUUUUAAAAAUAAUACCUGAUACAAAUAAAGUACAUCUACUUUUAUCUCAUAAUUUUGGUGCAACAACGAUAGAGGAAGGAAUAUUUGAAAAUAAAAUUAUUAAAUUGAGAUCAACUAAUAUAGGACGACCAACAAAAGGGACAAAUUUACAUAAAGUAACCGAGAUUCAAAGAGAAUUUAAACUUAUUGGAGAUUGUCUACAACAUACAUUAUAUAUGGCUACAGAAAAAACACCAGAAUUACAUGAACAUGUGUGUGCAGUUUAUAUUAGAAAAUGUGAUGAUGCUUAAUAAAAUGUAAUAAAAUGUAAAAAAAUAAUAUUUAAAAUGUUUUUAUUAUAUUAUUAUAUUUAUUAUAUAGUUCCAAUAAAUUUUUAAUGAAAUUUAAUUUUUAUAAAAAAAAUCAGAAAAAUAUCAAUAAAAUAUAUUAUAAUAAGGAUUUAAA